AUGUUCUAUAGAGAUAACAAGGCCAUUAAAGCUUCUAUAUAUCAAAAAACUAUAAUGAAUCAAAAUAGUAAAACAGAUUGUGCAGAUGCAAAGGAAUAUAGAAUUUCUGACAGUGCAGUAUCUAAUAUUUUAAAAAAAUCUGAGCAUUGGCUUUCUAUUGAUACUAUUUUACCAAAUGCAAAUAAUUUUCGUGAAAAACUAAGUAAUUUUUUACAAAUAGAAGAGGCCAUUAAUAUCUGGGUUGAUCAGCAAAUUUCAAGAAGUUUAAUUCUUAAUGGACCUAUUAUUCAAGAAAAAGCAAAAUAA